AUGAAACUAAGAGAAGAGAGGAAGGAACAGGAUGGUAGAGCAGUGGUGAAGGAUUUGGAGAUGAAGCUGCCUCCAAAGAAGCCAAUGCAUCUCAACCAACUCAAAAACACUAAUUUCUUAAAAAUGUACAACUCGAAAAACCCAAUUCAUGAAACUGACCGAGAGAACAAACUAAGUGUCUCCUGAAAUAUUGAUUUAAAGAGCAAAUUAAAAAUCUCUAAGAAUCCUUUCUUCAGCCGAGAAAAUAUUGAGAAAGAUAUCUUCCCAAAGCUAGGCUAUCAGAGGUUAUUCGAACUUGGCCAAAUUUCAGAAAGCGAGAUGAUGAAAAAAAUAAAGGAAUCACAAAUUAAAAAGAUAAAAGAUAAAUUGUCUAAGUACCGAAAGAAUUCUACUAAGAAUAAAGCAACUUAUGAUCAAAUAACAAAAUCAAUCAAAAACAAGAAAUUUAAAUAAAAUUUCAUAUCUUCUAAAGAACUGAAAAAGAAGCAUUAAUAAGCACAAUAAUAUCUCAAAAAGAAAAAUUGCAGGCAAAAAUCGAUACAAAUAUUCUACUUCAAAAGAUAGAACUAGAAUGAAUUCUCAGGCUACAACAAAAGACAGAUUAAAUAAUUCUCAAGAUUCACUUCCAUCAGAUCCAAAAAUGCCACUUUCAUUCUCAAUAGAAAGAAACUCACACGUUACCCCCAGUUUCCUCUCUCCAAAUCAUCUCUCAAUCUUCUCAACACCUAAACCCAAAAGAUCCAAUCCCAAAAAAACCCAUCCAAACCCCCUCAAAACCCUCAAAAAAAUCAUCGCCAACACCUCUAUCCCAAAAUCCCGCCUUAAAUCCUUCUCCCUAACCCUACCCCUCUCAAAAUCCCCCAAACCCCUUCCUAACCUAUCAAUCUCCCCUACAAAAACCCCUCUCUUCCCUUCAACCCUUCACGCUUCAACUUUCGACAAGAAACUUCACAGAUGGUAUAAAUAAUUUUAUAAGAGAAGAAAUUGGGUAUAAGUAUCAGAGGAUUGAUUAUAUUGCUGUAGGGAGGGGUAUGAGGAAAUUGAAGAAUAAGGAUUCGUAUUUGAAGAGGAGAGAGAAUGAGUUGUUGAUUUUGUAAUAUGUUUCAAUGUGGAGUUAGCAG